AUGAUGACGUGCCGUCUGCUGUGCGCCCUGUUGGUGCUCGCCCUGUGCUGUUGCCCGUCCGUGUGGGCGACUGAGAGUGGAGGUAAAGCUGAAAAAGAUAUUUCUGGUGCAAAAGGAAAUGAGAAAGGGGAAGCAAGUGAGGCGACGGAUUUGUCUAUUACGGCUCAACUUCCGCCACACACAAAAGAGGAGGCGAAUAAAGGGACGGCGGAGAAACCAAAUGCAGCGUCUCAUGCGUUAAUGACAACGGGUACAAUAAAAGAAACGGCACAUUCAGAACACAAUCUCAAUAAUGUACAGGAAGAAGAUGGGCAAUCCAUCGAAGAACCGAUAGAACACGUUAAGACCGUUACGUCAAAUGAGCACGAUGAGAAGUCAAGGGCAACAACUCCUCCAAAAAAGCCGGGAAACAGUUUAGGAAAGGGAAUCACUGCGCCAAUUACGAUUGGGAUUAAAACAAAUACACCAUCAACUACGACCACGACGAAUACCACAAAGGCACCAACCACGACCACCACGACCACUACUACGACGACCACCACCACCACCGCGCCAGAGGCACCAAGUACUACGACUACAGAGGCGCAAACCACGACGACCACCCGCGUACCGUCACGUCUCCGCGAAAUCGACGACAGCCUCAGCAGCUCUGCGUGGGUGUGUGCCCCGCUGCUGCUCGCCGUAUCCGCGCUGGCGUACACCACUCUGGGCUGA